UGUAAUCUGUUAGUCAAAAUUAGUGAGUGCUUUUUCUUAUCACAUAUCAGUCACUUCCUUUCUAUCUCCCAAAAUCUCUUUCUUUCUUAGAACCUCUGUUCUUUGAAAUUUUUAUUUAAUUUUUUUUUUUUAUGAUCAAAACCACACCCACGUAACAUCUAAAACUAAAUCCAUCUAUGGAGACAAUCAAAUGCAGAUCAAUUCCCAGCAGCAACAAGAGCAAGAUUGCAAGAACUUUCCAAAAAGUCAUAAACCUUAAGACUGCAACAAGAAUUGCUUCCAAUAAUGGGAUUGGGAUUUGCAUGUUUGCUCCACAAAACAAAUUUGAAGAUGAUCCAACCACAAUCUACAAAUCCCAUAAUGCCUACAAGGAUGAUUCUAAAGCCAAGCGCAAGGCAUUGUUGGAUGCUUUAGUGGCCAAGGUAUUUGCAGGCAUCACUACCAUUAAAGCAGCUUAUGCAGAGCUUCAAAUGGCUCAGAAUCCUUACAGUAGUGAUGCUAUACAUGCCGCAGAUCAGGCUGUCGUGGAAGAGCUCAAGCUACUUUCUGAACUUAAGCGAAGCUUUUUCAAGAAUGAUCUUGAUCACCUCUCUCCACAGGUUACUCUUAUGCUUGCAAAUAUUCAAGAGCAACAGAGCUUGAUGAAGACUUACGAGAUCACCAUCAAGAAACUGGAAAUGGAAACUGAGGUUAAAGAGUCAGAUAUUUCUGCUCUCAAGAAACAGCUUGAUGAGUCCAUUGCUUUUAACAAGUCUCUAGAGAAGAAACUAAAUGAAAGUGGGCCUUUGUCGAUGUUUGAUAAUAUUCAGUUCUCAAUCUUAAACCCAACCCAUUUCGUUCAAUUCUUGCAUUCUGCUUUGAGAUCCAUGAGGAGUUUUGUGAAGUUGAUGGUUCGAGAAAUGGAUGUAGCUCAUUGGGAUAUUGAAGCAGCUGCAAAAGCAAUCGAACCUGAAUCCAUUUUUGCUAAGCCAACCCACCGUUGCUUUGUGUUUGAAUCAUUCGUGAGCAAAACAAUGUUCGAGGGUUUCAAUCAUCCAAAUUUUAUGCUCCCAAACGAAUCUCCACCGCCCAUGGAUCACCACCAUCACCAUCAAAGUGGUGAACACUACUUCAAUAAGUUCAAGAAGCUAAAAUCGGUGAACCCAAGACAUUACUUGACCCAAAAUCCAAUUUCAUCCUUCGCAAGAUUCACAAGGGCCAAGUAUCUCCAGCUUGUCCAUGCCAAAAUGGAAUGCUCUCUGUUUGGCAAUUUGAACCAGAGGAAGCUAGUGAACUCCGGUGGAUUCCCAGAUUCCGCUUUCUUUACAGCUUUUCUUGAGAUGGCUAGGAGAGUAUGGUCUUUAAACCUUCUGGCCUUCUCAUUUGGCGAAAAUGUUAGCAUUUUUCAGGUAAGCAAGAAUUCCAGAUUCUCUGAAGUGUACAUGGAGAGUGUAACCCACGAGUCUUUACUAGAAAAUGACAGUGUUGACGCCGGUCUCCGGGUGGAUUUCACAGUGGUUCCCGGGUUCAUGAUCGGUAACACUGUUAUACAGAGUCAGGUCUAUUUAUCGCCGGCGGCAUCUCUCCGCGUGUAGGUAACUGCGGCUUUCAAACGGGGGAUGGGAUGGUGGGUUAGCGAGAGCGAGAAUUUAUUUUAAGAUUUUUCAGUUGAAAAGGCAGUUAGCUGGCUGUGGAGGCGCGUGGGUGCAUGUACUUGUUACAUGGGGCAGCACUGGCGUCUGGACCCACACGUGAAAGUGGUCGCAGGUGUGGGGACAGGAGCUGGUGUCUUUGUAUUAUGACAGACAAGGAAACGCUGUGAAGGCAAAAAUUAUCUCAAAA